AUGAGUUCUGGAUGUACAAGCGACGAUGACUUUGUGGACUCGUCUGAGUAUGAACACUAUGGUUCGCAGGAUGAAAGUUCUGUUACGGAUUUUGACCAAGUGGACGAAUUUGAAUUCGCAGAUAUGAUGGCCGAAAAGUAUCGCAAAAAGUCAUACGAAAUCGAAUUUUCUGUUCUCUUUCAGGAGGAUAUCACAGCAGCUCAGGUCAACGCCUCGAGCCAUGUGGCUGGCAUGCUCGGGGUCUCAGACAAUCAAGCAGUGGUGCUACUCAGGACAUAUAAAUGGAACAUCGAACGUCUAAUCGAGCAAUAUAUGGAAAACCCGGAGAAGACAUUCGACCAAGCAGGUGUAGUCGUUGAUGCAGCCCAGGCACCAGUCAUGGAUCGGCCGAGCGAAUUUGAAUGUUUGAUCUGCUAUGACAACAGUCCUGGCGGCGAUGCCCUGGGAUUGCAGUGUGGACAUAUCUUUUGUCAGGCCUGCUACGAGCAAUACUUGACUCAAAAGAUCGUCGAUGAAGGCGAAUGCCGGAGAAUUCGAUGCCCCGAGUCGGGCUGUGCCGUUCUUUUGGAUGAGCACACGAUCGGCAAGAUCGUCUCGGUGCCAGUGAUGGAAAAAUAUCGAGUGCUUCAGGAUAGAGAAUAUGUUGCUGAGAUGGACAGUCUUCGAUGGUGUCCAGGCCCCGAUUGCGAGAACGCGGUCGAAUGCCAGCUUCCCCACUCCUCCUUCACAACCAUCGUACCCGCCGUCAAAUGUGCCUGCGGAUAUAAAUUUUGCUUCGGAUGCGGCCAGAACGAUCAUCAGCCAGCGCCUUGUCGUCUGGCCAAGCUGUGGCAGAAAAAGUGCGCAGACGACUCUGAAACGACCCACUGGAUUUUGACUUACACGAAGGAGUGCGGCAAGUGUCAGUCCACGAUCGAAAAGAACGGAGGAUGCAACCAUAUGACUUGCCGCAAGUGUCAAUAUGAAUUUUGCUGGGUCUGCAUGGGGCCAUGGGAGGAGCACGGCUCGAACUGGUACACCUGCAACCGGUUCGAAGAAGUGGAGAGCGCGGAAGCGCGCGAUCAACAAAACAAAUCUCGCGCUACACUAGAGCGAUACCUUCAUUAUUACAAUCGCUUUGCAAACCACGAGCAAUCAGCCAAACUCGAUCAGGAGCUGUACAACCGGGCUGAGAAAAAUAUGGAGGAGAUUCAGCUGACGAGCGCCCUAUCGUGGAUCGAGGCCCAGUUCCUACAGAAGGCUGUGGAUACUUUGACCUCUAGUCGCAUGGUGCUCCGCUGGUCCUAUGCGUUUGCGUACUAUUUAGUUAAGAGCAACAUGACGGAGCUAUUUGAGGAUAAUCAGCGCGAUCUCGAGAUGGCAGUAGAGGCGCUCAGCGAGUUGCUAGAAAAGCCAAUUGAGAAGGAGACAAUUGCAGAGCUGAGGCAACAGAUCAUUGACAAGACAGUCUAUGUUUCCAGCCGCCGGGAGGUAGUGUUGGAGGACACAACAAAAGGCCUUGCGGACGGUCUUUGGGAAUACCAUAUUGACUCUGAUAAGGCGGAAGUACCCGCUCAGGAGCCCGAAGUGGAGCCAGCAACCGCCCAAGCCGAGCAGGUCGAGCAGGUCGAGCAGGUCGAGCAAGCCGAGCAGGCCGAGCAAGCCGAGCAGGCCGAGCAGGUCGAACAAGCUGAGCAAGAGGGACAAAACGAUCAGCCUGAGCGAGUUGCGCGAGUUGCGACCAUUGUGUUGGACAUGACGAACGAUCAACCCAUGCACCCCGGAGUCGAGCAAGUAGUCGAAGACGAGCAAGUAGUCCAAGUCGAGCAAGUAAUCCAAGUCGAGCGAGUGGUCCAAGUCGAGCAAGCGGUCCAAGUCGAGCAAGUCGAACAACCUGAGCAAGCUGAGCAAGUCGAACAACCUGAGCAAGUUGAGCAAGUUGAGCAAGUCGAACAAUAA